AUGGCUUCUUGGUCGCUACUGACUGCUUUCUUCCUAAACGUAAAAAGAAUCCCACCAAAUUGGGCGGUGCCUGCGGAAGUCGACGAGAACCUGAAAAGUUGCACACCUUUUGAAAAUGGACGGUAUGUAGUUGACAAAUCUACACCAGAACAGGCUAGUAGAAGUGCAGCUGUUAAUUUGAAUCAAGCUAAGGUCUUUCAGACAGUCCAGCAGCAUCGCAUACUAACAAGGGCUGCUGCAGAUCUUGGAGUAGUGCAAGCUGAGUGCGACCAAGCGGGCAGAAAUAAGUGA